ACGUGACGGGUCCCAGAUACACAAUUCCGGUGGUUCCCGCAGGACGUCACGCUGGCAGGAAGCCGCUCGCAAGGUCAAGGCGCUUGCUUCUCCGCAUCAGGGAUCACGCAACGAAUUCCUCUCAUACGGGCUGCUUUGCGCAUAUAUAUGCACCCGACAUGCCGCCCACCGCUUCCUUGAACAGUGAGCCACGACAGACGCUGCUCGCCGCGUUGUCCCGUCACUUCCUCCGCUUUCAUCGCGACCGAGAAGACAGCCCACGCCGAAAAUGAGCAGAUCCUCCGGUAGCCAGCUCAACAAUGCGGCCAUGCUGUGUCCCCUGCUUCUCCUGGCGGUGGGCGCCGUAGUGGCUCUCGGUCGUCCCAGCGAUCGGACGCCCUGGGACUCGGAGGCCCGCGACUUGCUGGCCCUGCGCUACCUGUCCGGCGAGGGCCGCGGUGUCCGGCCGGCCUGGCCCAAGCGGGCGCUCAGCCUCUUCGCCCACUGGCGGCCCCAGUACACCCCCGGAGGCGACGAGCCCGAGCUGCCCAGCGAUAUCUCCGGAAGGCCCCACGGACUCCCGCUGCGCUGGGGCUAGGCCUCUUAGCCUCGAGCAGCAGAGACACCGUGGGCUCGUGCAUCGUCAGGCGCCGCCUAACGCUGGUGCGAGGCCGCGCACAGGCCUGCAUUCGCGCCCCACACCGGCCCUACGAAAACUCACGGAGACAGAAAUGGCUACGAGAACCCCCUUAUUCUUUUGCUUGUUUGUUGUGGUUCGGGCUUGUUUUGAGACUGGCGGAUUACGUCCGCUGCACUUUCUCUAUUCCUGCACGGAACCUAUCAUCGCGAACUUGUGCGCGCUUCAUUGACAGCGUUUGCUGGUACGAAUCAUGCUUUUUAUUUAUUUGUUUAUUUAUUCAUUUUUUCGUUCUGUAGGACCAUUCAUUCAGAGUAUUAUGCCACGCAAUCUCAGAGGCCCCCUGCGUACAUAUCGUGGUAGUGUAUCGUAAGAGGAAAAAUUAGUGUUACAAUGCCAGCAUGAUAAAAUGGUACAAGGUCAUUGCGCGAAUACACGAGAAAUGGUGCGCCUCUCAUUCAUCAUUCGCCAUUGCUGUCAUGUGUAAUAUACACGACUGAUGCGUUCAACAUUUCCUUGCUAUGUGUCUCUACUGCUUGUGGAUUGCUGAUUGUGAGUUUCGUCAAUAAAAGCUGAAGUUAGUCGCUCACUGCAGGCUCUGUUCUAAACUGUUGUUCUAAAGCUGGGAAAGUCGUAGCGAUCGCAAUUAGGCUGCCAUCAUAUAGCCCUAAAUAAAGCUCCGUGUUAAUUAACCGGGAUAAUGAAGCACACUUAUCUCAUGAAAAAUGAGAGGAAGAAAAAAGAAACAACGGAGACAAAUUACGGAGCAGAUAGUCACUACACUGUCAUGCCAACACUACAAGGCCCUAAUUCGUCAGCGUGUUACGAAAUGUAAUCACGAUUUCGUCCUAAAACGGAAGUUUACGAAAUCGCCUAAUAUGUAUUGUUGCAAAGUUAGCCACGUCCAGCAGACAUUCAAAGUAUAAAACCAAUCGCUUCAUACCGCAGUAAUUUGCUUGGAAUUUGCCUGCUUACGCGAACGCUAACGAAGGACGCAGCGCCCUAAGAAAGUGGCAUCGAAUACAGGAAACGUCUUUGCGCUACGAAUUAUAUAACAUAGAUCGGUGUGUGCACGUCUAGUGCACUGUCAGUUCUUGAUUAUUUGAAAUGUAUCUGACGAACUGUGUAUAAACUCGUGUAACGCUUAUCCUUACAACAUAUAUAUAUAUAUAUAUAUAUAUAUAUAUAUAUAUAUAUAUAUAUCAUUUUUUUGAGAAAUCAAUUGGCGCCUUCUGUAGCGUCGGCCUGGACACGCGGCACGUACAUUAGUCGUGUCGCUGACAUUAAUUUUUUGCGAGAUUUUGAGGUAAUGUCAAGGUAAUGCAGCGCAUGCAAUAGAACAGCAGCGUCAGUCGUGCUAGGUAUUGCACUGCUGGAAGGCGCGACGCGAUGUCACGCGUCUAUGAAUACGGGGGCGUAAAAACUAGAAAGCGAAGAGGAGCGGGGACGUUUAAUAAACUGUGCAGAAAUCUAAUAGAGCCACGCUUAUCAGUGCUUCCGGGAUCUCUAUCUGUCUAUGUAAUGCAAAGGCACCGUCAUCAUUUGAUAUAAAACAAAAGCACCGGUCUCGUAAUGCUUUAUUUGUGAACCAUGAUCACGUUUACAAAACAUUGAAAACACCCAUAACACUGGUGGCGGUGUUGUUGCCUCAUGUCUUUUGCACUGCAUUAUUACUAAAUUACACAAAUUAAAAAAAGAAAGACAUGCUGCACUCUGGGAACAUUAUUCGUUGUCUUCGCUAACAUCGUCCCCACACAAAUCUUCUAAAUGUUCAAUAAACGUUUCUAUCAUGCAUGCAAGAUCACUUACGAAGUAAAGAAAAUCACUUUUGGUUUUGUGAAUUGCGCUGACAUAUACCCUUCAUCAUAGAUGUCGCUCAUAUGUUGUGUUUCGUGUGAUUGAUGGUACAUAUGACUUUAGAAUCGACAAUAAAAUGCAACACAAAAAAGUGAUAAAAAAGCACGAGAUGUGUGUAUUGGAGCAAACACUGAACUCAAGUGACUUAACAUUGAGCGUCAUGCAUGCUUCGUCGCUACAGUACGUUGUUGUAUUGCUUGCUGUUGAAUAAAGUUUCGUUGUAGCAGCA